UGUUUAAAGUGUAUUCAUUGCAUGUAAAAUAUAUCGGCAUGCGAUGACGUCACAUCCGGUUUCGCCGAGUCUUGUGGGAAAACACCGGUUUGAAAUUAGCGCGAGGGUGGGGGCUUUCCACGAGGCUCACCUGAGCACAAGCAGUUUUGCAGGCAUGAGAAAUCACAGUGAGAGCAACGCUUUUUCACCAUAUGUUAAUGUGAAGAGUGAACAGUAAAUGGUUAAUCUUACUGCGAUCUGGUUCUUAUUAACUGGUUUAUCUCGACGUUAAAUUCGGCGUUCGUUACACCCGAAGGAGAACGUUACAGUGAAAAAGCGGCAUUAUCAGGUGUUUCAAGUGCUGCAAUGUCAGCUCAAUCCAGCAUCAAGUCGACGCCGCCCAGCGACAAGGGCAGUAAACCGACAUCAAGUAAGCCCACCCAGGCGUUAUCAGGUGUUCCAAGUGCCGCAAUGUCAGCUCGAUCCGGGAUCAAGUCGAUGGCGCCCUGCGACAAGGGCAGUAGAACGACAUCAAGUAAGUCCACACAGGCAAGAGCCAAGGCAGAAGCCGCCAAGGUGCGACUGCAUUACGCCAAACAAGAAGCAGUUUUGAAAAUGAAACUGGCCACCAGAGAAGCCGAAAUCCAGAAAGAAAAGGCUGCCAGAGAAGCCGAAAGGGCCGCCAGAAAGGCAGAAGCCGCCAAGGUGCUACUGCGUUACGCCAGACAAGAAGCAGUUUUGAAAAUGAAACUGGCCACCAGAGAAGCCGAAAUCCAGAAAGAAAGGGCCGCCAGAGAAGCCGAAAGGGCCGCCAGACAAAGAGAAGAGGCUGCCAGAGAAGCCGAAGAGGCUGCCAGACAAAGAGAAGAGGCCGCCAGAGAAGCCGAAACCCAGUUGGAAAUGGCAAAAAUAUCGACAGAAUUGCAAGUGCUGCAGCGAGAAAGAGAAAAAGAAGCUGCCAUGGCGGAAGCAAAGUACAUAGAAGAAGCUGAAGGGUCGCGUGAUCUGACCGCAGUAAGAUCUACUUUAGAAAGGACCAGACUGGAACGCACAAGCGACUAUGUACAAUCUCAAAUAGACAGGCAGGCUCGUCUCCCCUCUCCAUACGUAUUCGAUAACUUCCCCAGCUACGAGGAACCUCAGAGAGUCACGAUUGCAUCACAUCCAUACGAGGAAGGAAAUUUACCCUCACGGCUCCGUGAUGAAGUCAAGAAUGAAAGAACCGUCAACGCUCCUUCACCCCCACAACAGGACGGCGGGGAGGGAGAGGUUCACUCCAGGACAACAAUUGUCAGCUCGAACUGUACAGAAGUUUGCGGUCAAACUCAGUCAAGCCGUUCUUGUUCCGAGAUCUGCCUCACUAAGGUGUACCCUAAAGGAGCCAAAGACAAGGCCAUCAAAGCCUAUGUGAUUCUGGACGAUCAGAGCAAUCGUUCACUAGUCAGUCCAGAGUUCUUUAAAUUGUUCAACAUUGAGAGUGAGCGGUUCCCAUACUACCUCAAAACUUGCUCAGGCAACAUGGAAACCCAAGGAAGGAAGGCAGAAGGCAUCCAGAUCGAGUCCCUGGAUGGUAAAGUCGUCAUCUGUCUCCCUCCGCUCUUAGAGUGCAAUGAAAUCAUGAAUAACCGCGCUGGGAUCCCGACACCAAGUGCGGUGCUACACCAGCCGCAUCUCCACCACAUCGCCAAACACAUCCCAGAACUGGAUCCGAAAGCGGAAAUACUCCUGCUAUUAGGAAGAGAUGUUAUCCAGGUACACAAGGUUAGGCAGCAGAUCAAUGGACCACUCGACGCCCCCUUCGCGCAACGUCUGGAUCUGGGCUGGGUGGUGAUAGGAGAGGUGUGUCUCAGUGACGUACACAAACCGAUGGUUAACACACUCAAGACCAAUGUGCUAGAGAGUGGCCGCCAUUCAAUCUUUCAACCCUGCCCGAGUGUCCCGUGCAUCAAGGAAGCACAACAAGGCGUUAACAAGCGCGAGGCAAGCGACGAGUCGUUGGGCCAGUCAGUCUUCGCUCUAACGAAGUAUGACAACAAACUUGCACAAUCAGCUCAAGAUACCAUUUCUUUAAAACCCAAAGACACCAAGGUCUUCAGAGAUGAAGCAAAUAAUGGGGUUGCCCCAUUGCCAAUCAGAGAACCACGCCAGCGCUCACCAGAUAACAAAGAGCAGGCAGUCAAACGGUUCACGUCCUUACGGAAAACCUGGAAAAGGAAACCUGAGAUACAGCAACGCACCCGAUUGGCCCACGAGGUACUGUGCACCCUAAUGGCAGAGAUCACAGCCAUUAUAAACGCACAAUCAUUCCUACCUGUGUCUUCUGACCCAGAAAACCCCUUUAUACUUUCGCCAUCAACGCUCCUUACGCAGAAGGCAGGAGCACCUCCUCCACCAGGAGACUUCUCAGACAAGGAUUUGUACACAAAGCAAUGGAGACAAGUCCAGGCUCUGGCAAAUCAGUUCUGGCCUCGCUGGAGACAAAAAUAUCUACCUUUGUUGCAACAGAGACAAAAGUGGACAGAACCCCACAGGAAUCUGGCCAACGGCCAGAAUCACUGUUACAUUCCCUAGCGGGGAUGGACAUGUCAGGAAGAUCGAAUUGAAGACUACCGACCAAGGCGAUGUGAAAAUUUACCAAGGGCCAGUUACAGAAGUUAUUCUACUUCUACCCAAUGACUGAUUAAGAGACUAAGUUUGUACUCUGCUCAUUGUGACCUUACGAAGGUCAAGCGGGGAGUGUGCUGUCUUUACGACAGUUAUUUAGUUUAUAAUAUUUUCGCUUAGUGAUUCAUUCAAUAGUAUUUUCUAGUUAGAAUUAGAAGUGUUUAAAGUGUAUUCAUUGCAUGUAAAAUAUAUCGGCAUGCGAUGACGUCACAUCCGGUUUCGCCGCGUCUUAUGGGAAAACACCGGUUUGAAAUUAGCGCGAGGGUGGGGGCUUUCCACGAGGCUCACCUGAGCACAAGCAGUUUUGCAGGCAUGAGAAAUCACAGUGAGAGCAACGCUGUAAGUUAAUAGAUAAUCGAUAUAUUGAACUAAGAUGUUAAUGCCGAUCCUGUUAGAAGUAACGACGGUAGAUAAUGUUUAUGCUUUCGUUAGUUAAAGAGUCGCGGAUAGUUUGCAUGGAAGUGUAUUUAAAGUAGUCAAUGGAGCAGGUAAACUCUCCCUGUAUACUGCACCUUAGUGUAAUGUGGUUAUAGUCACCUUUGCAAGUAUUUACACUUGAAAUGUGAUAUUAAGGAAGGAACAAAUACUGUAUCAAUCUUGUAUUGUUUUAUCAACAGUUUUCACCAUAUGUUAAUGUGAAGAGUGAACAGUAAAUGGUUAAUCUUACUGCGAUCUGGUUCUUAUUAACUGGUUUAUCUCGACGUUAAAUUCGGCGUUCGUUACACCCGAAGGAGAA